AUGUCACAGAAACCCGAAAAUCUUCUUACCGAAAUCGACGCCACCAAUGAACAAUUGGCGCAUUUACGAUUUUCACGCGAGCGAUUACAACAGCGGGCGUACCGGCACAACAAUCAAUCUUCUGCUCAGACUCAAGCAACCUCCCCAGCAAUAACUCCACAAGCACAACUAGCAGUUAACGAAACAGUCGAACAACAGCCGACUCCAAUCUUUAGUCAGUUUCCAUAUCCAAGCUUGCAGAAUUCCGACGUAAAUCCAUUAAAACUGCCGCAAUUUUUGGGCAACUUAAAGGACUGGCCAGCCUAUUGGAGUACCUUCCAGGAACUAAUUCACAGCACUACGAUGUUUGAUAUCAGGAAGCUAUGCUAUUUCUGUGAGACCUUAUCAGGUCCCCCUAACAUUCUGGUUUCCAAUUUCGCUAAACGACCUGAGAAUUACAUAGCGGCUAUCAAAUUAUUGAACAAUACAUACGAGCACGAACAUGUCAUCCGAGCCCUCCUGCACCGGGACCUUCAAACUAUCUCCCCGAUUACAUACGAAAACGACUUGCCGCAAUUAUUGUGCACGUUGGAAUCAGUUUUUCGCAAACUAAUAACACUGGGGAACGGUAUAAAUCAUUCCAAUAUUGUAGCAGCAAUCAAGGCGAAGCUGCCUUUUAGAACCUUACAACAAAGGUGCAGAGCAAAGCGACAAAACCCGCAGUGGUCUUUCUCUCACCUUUGCCAACUCAUCAAGGAAACCGUUGCGGAUAGACACCAAGCACGAGCAAUAACUACCUUGGUUACUAUAUAUAAAGCUUUUUCCGGAACACGCAAUUUGGUAGCGACAACCGCUAGACCGCCACAACAGAAGACGACAAAACCUUCUCUCAAACAAGUUCCGACUACUAAGUGUGCAUUUUGUGAAGGUCGUCACUACAACGAUCAGUGUCCGGUAUAUAAGUCUACCGAUGAGCGGCACACACGUGCCACUCAGAAGCGACUCUGCAUUCACUGCUUGAGACCAGGCCACUUUACUAAAACCUGCAAAUCUCGACUUAAACGUGCUUUAACUGCAAAGGUAAUCAUCCCGCAGUAUUAUGUACUAAGAAGACUACGGCGACUCCGGCGACAUCAGUAA